UCUCUAGUUCAUUUCUUGCAGGAGGACAGUUGAGACAAUAGGGCUAGAAGCAAAGUAGACAGUAUUGUUUAUCAGCAAUGGAUUCCAACAACUGGCUUGCUUUUCCUCUCUCGCCAGGCCACCCUUCUUUGCCUCCACAUAUCCAUUCCUCUCAAUCUUCUCAGUUCAAUCAUGGAUUGGUUUGUGGCAACAUGGACAACCCUUUUCAACCCCAAGAGUGGAAUAUGCUAAAUCCUCACGAUGGUAGAGGAGGAGAGGUUCCGAAGGUAGCGGAUUUUCUUGGAGUGAGCAAACCCGAGAACCAAUCCGACCAACUCGUUGCAUACAACGAGAUUCAGACCAAUAUUUCCGGCUACUUCUUCCAAGGCAACGACUUGUUUCCGACCGUGCAUUCGAACGCCAUUGUCACAUGUGCUUCAACCUCGUCUACCAACACCAAUGACAAUAACUACGAGCUUCCUGAGAGUUCCAACAACUUGGGUUCUCUCACUCUGUCCAUGGGAAGUAGCACCGGUAACAACGUAAAGGCUUCGUCUUGUGACACAAGUCGCGACAACAUCAGUAGUAGCGUGAUUGCAGAGGCUAUGCCGAGAAGAAACUCGGACACUUUUGGGCAACGGACCUCUAUCUAUCGUGGUGUCACAAGGCAUCGUUGGACCGGUCGGUACGAAGCUCAUCUCUGGGAUAAUAGCUGUAGGAGAGAAGGUCAGUCAAGGAAAGGAAGACAAGUUUAUUUGGGUGGGUAUGACAAAGAAGAGAAAGCAGCGAGGUCAUAUGAUUUAGCUGCGCUCAAGUACUGGGGACCGUCAACCACGACGAACUUUCCGGUUAGUAACUAUGAGAAGGAGAUCGAGGAGAUGAAGCACAUGACAAGGCAAGAGUUCGUGGCCGCAAUAAGAAGGAAGAGCAGCGGAUUCUCUCGAGGGGCGUCGAUGUAUCGAGGAGUUACAAGGCAUCACCAACAUGGAAGAUGGCAAGCAAGAAUCGGCCGAGUGGCUGGAAACAAAGAUCUGUACUUGGGAACUUUCAGUACCGAGGAAGAGGCUGCAGAAGCUUACGACGUCGCGGCGAUAAAGUUCAGAGGACUUAACGCCGUUACGAAUUUCGAGAUCAACCGGUAUGACGUCAAAGCCAUUCUCGAGAGCAGCACUUUGCCCAUCGGAGGCGGUGUGGCUAAGCGUCUCAAAGAAGCUCAAGCUCUGGAAUCUUCUAGAAAACGUGAGGAAAUGUUCGCCCUCGGGUCAAGUUUCCAGUUCAGCGGCUCGGUCUCCGGCUCCAGUUCAGGGCUGAAUUUACAGAACUUCCCACUGACCCAAUACAGCCAUCAUUAUCAGCCGUUGCUAACUCUCCAAAACGGNGGCAUUCCUCAGUACAAUGCCCACGAUUCCUCACCGUUUCACCAGAGCUGCCUUCAGACACAGCUCCAUCUUCACCAGCAGGCCGAUUACUUGAAACAACCGGACCAGAGUUCGCAAAUUUACAACCCGUAUCUUCAUAGCAACACGGGAGAUCUUCACGGUCUGGUCUCCAGUUCGGUCUUGGACAACAAUGGAAGUUCUAAUGGAAGCUGCAACACAGGAGGGUUUCUUGGGCUGAAUCCAGCAGUUGGAUCGGCCGAGGAAUUUCCAGUCGUUAAGGUCGAUUAUGAUAUGCCGACGGGUGGAGGAGGAUGGUCCGGAGAAUCGUCGGUUCACGGCUCGAGUCCGAGCGGUGUUUUCAACAUGUGGAACGACUGAUUGGGCUCUGUUUCUUGCGGUGCAAGAAAGGGUUGGAAAUUUUAACUGUUUUAACUGUUUUCUGAUUUUGUUUCUUGCUCUUUCUUCUGUUGGAAGUAAUGUGAUCGACCGA